AUGGAAGAAAUCUUCAGGAUUCGGCGCGGCCGCCGCCUCCUCCGGGCGCCCGGGCGUCGCCGCGGCCUCGCUCCCGUCCGCGCUGAGAAGCUGGUGGAGCUCAGAACCUCUUCGCAGACUAGCACGCGGGCCGCACCGACCCCCGCGCGUGUCCUGAUCGGUUCCCCAGAGAAGCGCCGGCCGAUCCCGCGGGCCCUCUCCAGCUUCGGGGUCGAGACUCCGCAAACGGCUCGGGCUCUGGCCUCACAGGACGGCCCCGGAGGCCCGGGCGGCCAGCGGCCUCCGCUCGCGGUUCCCCGUCCCUUCACCCCUUCCCUCCGCGCAGGCCGCCUCUACGUCCCCCCUUCCCCUUCGAGUUCCCGUCCGUUACCGGUGGCUAGCACAGGGAGCCAGGCGGCCGGAGCUGCGCAGGCAGUGACUCAGGGCGGCGGCGGGAGGAGCAGAAGGCGGCGCGGCGAGCAGAUGGCGCUAAAAAAGACCCAAGAGCCCGCCGCUCGCGCUCAUAUACAAUUAGCGUCAGCACGUAGGGCCCCUCCGCCGCCCUCCCCCUGGCCUCGCCGUCUCCUAGCAACGCGGGCGGGAGGCGGGUCCAGGACGGGUUGCCUAGCAACAGAAACCGUCCUUCUUUCCCCGGCGACCUCCAAACCUCCCGCGCCAAGCUUGGGUUCCUCGGGUUCCCGCCUCCGCCCCUUACUACGCCUCCAGCCUUCUCUUUUCUACCCGCUUCGCUGGAAAGGAACUCGCAACUCCUUCUGUUCCCGGGAAGGGCCCAGAUCCGCCAGCCUCGCCCCCCGCUCACGUCGUCCUCCUUGCGUGAACAACAGUUCUUUCCUUCUGACCACCUCGACGGCGUCUUCUGCUGGUUUUGCUUCUCCUAACUCAGUGGGUAUCCGUGGCUUCCGGAGAUGCUCUUCAUUGCUACCUCUCCAUCCUUCUACCAGACUUGCGAUCCUUUAGGACUUUCUCGAUGGAUGAAAAUAGCAUGUUUGUGUAUUGUUUGGAUGCUUUAUAAUGAGGACAGUGUUGU